AAUCCUUUUGAAAAACGCCAGAGAAAUCGAAAGGCGCUAGAAGAUACUAAAAUUCUUGACUUAAACAAACAUAGACUGCAAGUAAUUUGUAUUUAUGAUUUUACACGUGGAAGCUUUUCCACGGGGACUUAGUAGAAGCGUUGAACCUUGAUAAAGUGAAAAUAAAUUCCCCCGUAUAUAACGAUUAUUUCUGUGAUUACUACCUUUUGUGCAAAAUAACAAUUUUUCUCGCAUUAAUACAGGAGGCAGAUGCGCCACGUUAAGCCUCACUCAGGUCAAUGAUUGCUUUGCUUGUGAUAUUUGUCACAGCACUGUCACAGCAUUGAUGCUGACGCGGAGCAUAUCUUUUAUUAAAGCCAAUUGUCAGCUAGUCAUUUUUCAUUUCACUAUAGCACAUGCUUAAUUCAACCAACGAGAGCCACCGAAAAGUUGCCCUCCAAAUUGCGCUCUUCACAGAAUCAUAUUUUACCUCUAAAUAGUUCCUGGCUAUAGUGACAAAGCUAGCCCGUAGAGACACUUUACAUAAAUGACGCCUAUAUUUGAAAAACAAUUUAUGUGAAAAAGAUUUUGGCUGGUAACAUAACACGAGGCUUAUUAUGUAUAAAGCAUUGUCAUUCAAAUUUAGGCGCCAUUUAUCUAAAAUGUUUACAUUUUGACCACUGUGAUGACGCGUAUCGUUGUCGAUAAGAGUGCAGACCACGCUAAACCACAUUCGAUUUGUUAUCUCGACCCAAGCGCGAUAUUUAUCGAGCCAAAGUACGACUAGCAGUUUGUAAAAAAAGGUAUCUAAAUUAACCCAUCCUGUGGCGUCGACACUGAAAAUAUCAUACGACUGCGCGCGAUUGAUGACAAAAAAGUAAUAAUAAAGGCAGCCAAAUCUUAAAUUUUGUUUUAAAGGAUUACGUUAGGCUCAAUUUCCGCAGCUCUCUCGGGUCCGGUAGCGUUCCAUCCCCGUGUUUCUUUCCCCAACGGAAGCUGGCAAUCGAGAAAAGAUUUUUCCACUUGCUUCCAAUGAUGAAUGAAGCGUAGGCACACACUGUGCUACGCCGAAAUAUAACAAACAUACGGCGCAGGAUAUUUUCAUGCUUGCUGAUUUGUUUUGUUUUUCUCUGUUGCCAUUGUGUUUUUAUUGUUCAUUUUGUAGUUGUAAGUAUAAACUACGUUUACUUAAAAAUGCAAACAGCCACGGAAUUUUUUAUAAGAAUAUGAAGCUGAAUUAUGUUCUCGUUCGCUGCAGAUCAAUAUCGUUGUGUUUGGUUACAGUAUUUGUUCGGUAAGGAAAAUAAUUGCUUUCGAAUGACAAAUGUUUUGAGGAAACUGAGGAGAAAAUUAAAGACAUAGACACGACUGCCCUGUAAUUUCGUAUUGCACAGAACUCGAGUCGAUAAGUAUAGAUAGGAGAAGGUCGCUUUUAUGCAAAUCAGUAUAUUUGCGGACGCGUGUGGUGGUUUUAUUAACCAGCAGAAAUGACAUUGUCAAUGUACUGGUGGCAAAUCAGCCAAUAGAAAUCGUCAAAACAACCUAGUGCAUAGAAACACGCAGAGAAAAUGUUGCUUUAAUUUGCAUUUAUCAAUGCUUUGCUGAUCCUUUUGGAGCUAGUAUCUGAUGUCAAAAAAUGGUCGAUGUCAGUUUUUCUUUUCCUUUAAUCAUUUUGGCGCUCCUGCCUAAAACACUUGUGGCUGGAUACAAAGAAACUGCAGAUGAACUCCAACAAAUAACAAAUCCUGAAAAGUACCACAAGUAUUUACGACCUUAUCACAAAGGCAUUCCGGUUAAUGUGACUGUUGGAGUGACCGUGAUACACUUUGUAGCGGUAAGAGAGAUGAGCGAGGAAUUUUCAUUGGACCUGGUCAUCCGGCAACAAUGGAAGGAUGCACGGUUAAACCAUUCUUUGAAUUAUACAUUAACAUUGCCUGCCAACUCCAAGAAGCUGAUAUGGCUUCCGGAUACGUUUUUUCUCAACGUCAGAAGUGCUACCAUCCAUGAUGUCAUUUCCGAAAACGGUAAAGUUUCUAUAAACCCUGGAGGACUUGUUUCUUAUAGUGCAAGGAUAACCAUUACUGCCGGCUGUCCGAUGGAUUUGUCUGAUUACCCAAUAGAUGAGCAAACCUGUGACUUGGAGUUAUCGAGCUACGCAUAUACGGAAAAUGAGCUCGAUUACAAUUGGGCGGUGGGCAGUGGAGAUGACAUAGUCGUCAAGGACAAAAACUUGGCAGAACUCGCUCUUACUCAAGCAAAAGCCAUCAAAGACUGUGAAUAUUAUGCCGACGGUACCCACUCAAAACUUGUUGCUCGUUUCUGGUUCAAGCGCCGUCUUGGAUACGCUUUCCUUCAAAUAUACAUCCCCACCAUAAUGCUGGUGGUCCUUUCUUGGCUGUCAUUUUGGAUCCCUGAAGACUCUGUUCCAGCCCGAGUGGCACUCGGAAGCACUACUGUGCUAUCAGUUGUAACAUUUACCGGUUCCUUUAGGAGCUCUUUGCCGAAGGUAUCGUACAUAAAGGCGGUGGAUGUCUACUUUAUUGCCUCGUUUACAUUCGUCUUCGCAGCAGUCGUGGAGUAUGUUUCAGUACUCCUAAACACGGGAUUAAAUCGCCAAAGAAGUAACAGUGGGCUUUACUCAAGCAGGAACCACGUUGAUGUGGGAAACAGAAAGACAAAUGAGUAUAAAGAAGAGGGAGAGUUACAUGAGGUUAAAGUGGAGAGCCCUGCUUCUGAAAAUGUAGAUUUAAAGAAACACCGAAGCGUUUCGGCGAGGACCGCGAAAGAAUACAUGCAAUACGCUUUCGUCAGAAAUGAAGCCAGCUCCAUAGAUAGAGUGAGUCGUGUCCUUUUUCCUUGUUGUUACGCCAUCUUCAAUUUGAUUUACUGGAUAUACUACGAAUUGGCGUCAUUCGGAAAUCAUUCGCCUGCCUGAUGUGCAAUGAGCUGGUAUCAAAACAUAUGAUAAGUGACAUAACUUAACAUACAUUCGUAACAAUAUUUAAGUAUGAACUUUUAACAGUUGAAAGUAUAAACUUUUUACAGUUGUAGCAAUUCAAAGAAUAACUAAUUUUCUGUAUAAAAGAGUAAAUUGUUAACUAAGAAACGAACGAUGCCAAGCAUCAACAACAAAGACAACAUGUCAUCUCAGCUGUUAAAUUGUUAAAAUUUAGUUGGAAUAGAAGAAAGGUUGGUCAAGCAGGGUUGCCACGGUCAGGGAAAAGUCAGGGAAAAUUAGAUUUUAUCAUCAAGGUCGGGGAAAAGUCAGGGAGUUUUGUAUCAGGUCAGGGAAUUUCUAAAUCCCUUCUCAAAGUCAUUGAAAAGUCAGGGAAUUUUAUCUUAAGUUUGCCACAAACUAUAUGUUUUCGUAUACACAAGGCAAUUUUAGUUUAGAAAUUGUCUUAGCCAUCCUUAUUUUUGUUGAUUCAUGGCCAAAAUAAUCAUCCUGCAGGACCAGUGAAAAUUGCUUUACAGUCAGCGAAAAGUCAGUGGAAAUUCAUGGCUAUUUUUUUUUUCCGGUAAGUGGCAACCCUGUUAAGAAGCUACCAUGCGGAAAGACUGAAAUUGAUUAAUUAAAAAUUAAAUUAGAUAUUUAUUUGAUAAUAAAAGAUUUCGUAAAGCACUUUAGAAUGAAAAUUAGCGAUAUGAAAAGUGAACGACGUUUCGAUGACUCCAUGUCAUCAUUAUCAAGUUCGAAAUACGUGAUAGAAUUGAAUAAAUAUAAAUAGUAGAA